GGCAGAUGAGGGAAUAUUUAAAGGAUGGGCAGCGGAGCGAGCAAAUGGGCUUUGGAGGACGUACAUACAGUCACAGCUCAAAUCGCUUUAUUUAUUUCUUUAUUUUUUUCUCUUCGACAAAACUCAGUUGACGCGGGUGGGAAAUCUUGUGCUACGCUUACGUUUUCUCGUGCUCACACAAAGCAAAAAGGGGAAUUCCGAACACGAGGAAAGAUUUAAGCAGAUGAACAAGAACUGAAGAGGAUUCCUAGCAGAUGGACUAUAUUGCUUUGAGAGUUUGAAGAUUAGUCUGGGAAUGUACGUCUGAUGUUAAAAACAGUAAUUUGGUGUUGUCCUCAUGGAAAUCUACAAAAGAAUCUCAUCUGGAAAUCUCAGCAGAUGGAGUUAGUUUUAUUUUCUGCCUAUGUUUGUAAUAGUAAAUGAAGUGUCUCUGCAGGAGCCUGUUGUGGGUUUUAUUGGAGGUUCUGCUGUUUUACCUUGUUCUUCUAAAGAACCUCUGCAUACAAUUCAAGACAUAAAUCAAGUGCGCUGGAGAAUCAAUAACAGCCAGAAUGUGUAUGAGAUUAUUAAGGGUAAAGUCUCUGUGGAAGGACAGGAUCCAGAGUACAGGAACAGAGCUGAAAGCUUUCCUGAGGAGUAUCUGAGAGGAAACUUCUCCAUCAAACUCAACAACCUUCAACACACUGAUGCAGGAAAGUACCAGUGCUACAUUAUAGAGGAAUCAGUACUCUGGAGUGUUCAGCUUUUGAUUGAAGAGAGACCAGAAAGACAACUCCCCAACGAAGGGACAAAACCAAAACCAGAGAUGAUUGUAAUGUUCAUUUCCAUUCUAUGCAUUGGCAUUAUAUUUUCAUUGGUUAAUUCUGCCACAGCGUAUUUCUAAGGAGUUUUUGUCAUCGCUCAUUUCCUACUACUCGACGUCAUCUGCACAGGUCCUUAGAAAUGUCUGUAGAUCAUCUGUAGAUAUUACUUUGUUGUUGUUCACACCCUCAUUAAUCUGCGUAGCCCAUCUAAACCUUCUGCACAGUGGUGCAAAUACCAGCAUGCACUGAAAAUGUAAAAGCUCUCUCUAUUAUAGAUGACCUACUGUGAUGGAGGUAGACAUCAAUGAUGAGUUCUGGUGCUUGUGUUACAGUAUUGAGAGGACUAUUUUACAAUUUUACAACCACAAAAUUAUAAUUUAAGUAUACAAAAGGCUGUGAACAUGUUUUAAUGUGAACCAAUCCCAGGCCUCAUGUGAUGUGCUGUAAAAAGUACAACUUGUAUGUUUCAUUACAAUCACUAGGACCCAUACUUAAGGCACUUUUUCAAAACUCUCCAACAUUUCUCCUAAUAAACAAUUUCAGUUUGGCACAGCAGCUAAUUUCACACUCAAAUGCACUAAAACUAUGAAAACACUUCAUACUUUAUGUCUCAAAUCAAAUCGUUCUUCCAUAACACUAGCAAAGAUUGUCACCUCAUAAAACAAUAACCUAAAGACACUGGUAAAAACUGGUAACAUUAUACAACAUUUUCUUUUUUCAAAUAUCUUUAUUGCUGUCAAAUUGCUUUACUUUCAGUUUUGAUUUAUGUAAGGUUUUGAACUUAAGUUGAAAAAAAAAAAAAAGUAUGUAAACAUGCAAGUUGCCCUGUAGGUUUUUAUGUCUGAGUUAGAAAGGAAUUCAUGUAAUUUGAUAGAUGUAGUCACUGAAUGCUUUUUGUGCCAAAGCAUUGAUAAAUAAUGCACAGUUUAAGCCACAUAGACUGCUGUAGCGCUCACUGUGUGAAGAGUUUUAAAAAGUAUUGAGAAAUUGGUCCUGGAGAUUGUAAAAAAACAAAACAAAAAAAAAACUGUAUGUAAUGUGAAUAUAGCAAUGUACUGUAUUGAUAACCACCAUAAUAAUACAGGUGCUAAAAUAGAAAACCACAUGAUGAAUCAGAGUUCAUCAUAAAUGGCCUGUCCAGAAACCAAUGCCAGAACUCGUUUAUAGAUGAACAUUACAUCACACUAAAACAGAAAACACUGUGAUGUGCAUGUGCAUUUAUUCAU